GAGAGAGAGCAACUUUUCCUUUUUCUUAUUCAAUUCUCUCUUCUUUCGGUACCGCCCAAUCCUCCUUUUUUUCACAAUCUCCAUCUGUCAAAUUCUGAAUGUGAAUACACAAACUCAACAAAGCACAACACAACACAACACAACAGAGCAUUCAUGUAAGGAUUUAGCUGUUGCUGAUUCAAAAAGCAAACAAGAAAAAAAAGGAAGAAGGAAAAAGUGCAAAGCAGAGGAUUCUAUAUUGCUUUUUUGGGCACUCCUCAACCCUGAUUGGAAACGAGAAGGUUUUUGGAGUGAGAAAAGAAGAUAGAGAAAUGGGCGUUGAGAUUAUGGAGAUUGGAGUUCAAAUCAGGAAAGUUGUGAUCUAUUCGAUCAGAACAUUUUACAGAUCGGUUUGUAAUCAUCCAUUUCUUGUUGGUUUGGUGUUUGUUUUGAUUUUCCUGCACAGAUCAUUUCCUUUUCUGUUUUCCCUUUUGGUUUCUGCUUCCCCUGUUCUUGUUUGCACUGCUAUUUUGCUUGGAACUCUCUUGAGUUUUGGGCAAACGAAUAUACCUGAAAUUGAGAAGGAAGAGAAGACAACAACUCAUGAGAUUGCGUCCCUGAAAACUGGGAUUCAAAGAGAUGACACUGUUGUUGAGAGAGAUGAAAGUUUUGUGGUAGAGAAGUACACUGGGAAGAGAAGGGAUGUAGUAGAGAAGCCGAUUGAAGAAGCAAGUUCUGCAGCAGAUAUGGUCAGUGAAGUUGAUAAAAGUGAUGGUGAUUUGGUUUAUGGUGCACCACUGAUUGAAGAGAAUUCCCGGGAAAUUCAAUUAGAGAAGCCGGUGAUUGAGGAAGCAGAUAGAGAAUUACACUACUCGGGAUUGAAAACAAAUGCUGAAACGAUUAAAGAGAUAGUUGCCGAUAGGGAAUUUUUUGAGAAUCAGUAUUCUCGGAUUGAAAAUGUGGAAGAUGAAAAUGUUGAAUUGCAACGUGACCAAUCACCAAUAGAAUCCAUUGAUUCUCGUAUGGCAGAUCGUGCAGACAGUUCUCCAAGUUCACUGUGGAAACGAGAGGAGGAGGAGGAGGAGGAGGAAGUGGAUGAUGAGGGUUCAGAUUCUGGGUCUGAUCGGGCUGAGAGUUCCUCUCCUGAUGCUUCAAUGACUGACAUCAUUCCAAUGCUCGAUGAGCUCCAUCCCCUUUUAGAUGAAGAUGCUCCUCAACCUACUCAUAUGUCUCAUGAUGGCUCUGAUGCCGGUUCAGAGCGGUCUCAGAGAUCAAGCAAUUGCACUAAUGACUCCAACGAGGAUAAUGAAAACCAAGACCAGGAAGCUGGUGAUGAUGAUGAUAAUGAGGAUGAUGAUGAUGAAGAGGAAGAAGAGACACAUGGUGACAAAGAUGAUGCAGUGAAGUCUGUUAUCACAUGGACUGAUGAUGAUCAAAAGAAUCUCAUGGAUUUGGGGACUUCUGAGCUAGAAAGAAACCAACGGCUGGAGAGUCUUAUUGCCAGAAGAAGGGUACGGAGGAUGAUGACCGAGAAGAACUUGAUAGACUUGGAAAGUUCCGAUCUUCCCUUCAAUAUUACCCCUGUUUCAACAACACGGCGCAACCCUUUUGAUCUACCUUUUGAUUCCAAUGACAACAUGGGAUUACCGCCCAUUCCUGGCUCUGCUCCUUCUAUUAUGUUACAAAGACGUAACCCUUUUGAUCUUCCUUAUGAUUCGAGUGAAGAGAAACCCAAUCUCAUGGAAGAUGGUUUUGAACAAGAGUUUAUGCCAUUUGCUCCUAAGGAGGUGUUCUUCCGUAGGCAUGAAAGUUUUAAUGUGGGACCAUCGUUCUUUGGGCCUCCUAAGCAGGAGAAGCAAGAUAUCAAGUUUAAACCCUAUUUUGUACCAGAACGGAUGGCUUCAGAAGGGACUAGCUAUUCCUCUUUUCAAAGGCAAUCGAGCGAGCUUAGUGAUUCGAAGGUGAGUUCUGUUCCUGAAACGGAUUCAAUCUGUUCAGUUGGGGACCAGGAUGAUAAGAAGCUCAUUGAAGAAGAAUUUUCUCAAGCAGCAGAGCUGAUCUCAGAUGUAGAUGUAGAGCAUCCUUCUGAGCUUGUUGGACAUGGAAGUGAAUCCUCUGAAGAUGUAGAUGUUGUCGGUUCAGCUGAGGACGAGGAUGAUACGAAGCUCAUUGAAGAAGAUUUAUCUCAAGAAGCAGAGCAGAUAUCAGAUACAGAGCACCCUGCUGAGCAUGUUGGACAUGGAAGCGAAUCCUCUGAAAAUGCCGAUUCUGUGGAACUAUGCCAAUCUGAGAAGAUAGGCACUGAGCAUGAUGAGCUUGAAAUGGUGUCUAGCAUUUCUGAAACAAGAGAUGUAGCUACUCAUGACGAACAGGGUGCAGGUGAAACUCAUCUGAAUACAGGAUCUGAUGAAGUUAAUUACAGUAGUAGAUCGAGCUUGUCAUCAUUGUCAGAAGUACACGAAAGGAUCUUUGAUGAGAAAGAAGGUGAAGUGUCGACAAGUUUGGAGCCUAAAAAAGAGAAUGUUAUUGAGGAGUCUGGCAUAUCAAAUCAACGUUCGUUAGAAGAGUCAGACUUCAAUAUUACCAUUGGGUUGGUUGAUGACAGUCAACACAAGGAGCCUGUUUAUGAUUCAAGCCCACCGGCGGUUCAGAAGAACCUCUCUUCUUCCUCCAUGUCCUCUGACCUGCCAGUAGAAUCAUCUGAAAUGGGUUUUGCACCAGAGUUGGUUAAAAGAACUGAGUCUUUUUCAGAUAGAAAAUCUGAUGUGGGUAAUCAAAGCAAAGCAUCAGAUACUCCUAGUAAUGAACAGAUUUUAGCAGACUCAUCAGAGGUACAUCCAGUGGAUAAAAAUGAAUUGGUAACAAGUGGGAUUUCUGAGAAAGCUGAGCACAUUGCUUUGAAUCGUGGGUUCUCAGGAGAUGACCAAAAAUUAGAUGGUGCAAAUGCAUCAAUAGUGCCUGAAGCUGUUGCUGAGCAUGUUUCAAUUGACUUAAAACCAUCUUCAGGCGCUGAAGCAGUGGAGGACCGUCUGAUCUAUCAGGAUGGAAGUUAUCAGCAUGAACAGAACCAAGUUCCCUCGUUGAGCUUUGGUACAAAUAUCGAUGUUGCAGUCCACCAAGAUUUAGGUCAGGAUUUGGCUUCUAGUUCUGAACAUACAUCUUCUGAAGAUUUAAGUGUGACGGCUCCAAAGGAGAAACAGCCUUCAGUGGUUUAUGAGCAAGUUACAGGUAUUCACCCUGUUGCAUCUUCUUCUGAAAAUGAAUCAAUAGAAGAACAUACAAUCAAUGAAGAAGGAGCUCUUCGGAUUAAACAAGAUCAAGUCUACUCAUCAAGUUCUGAUGCAAAUUUCCAUGUUGGCAUUGACCAAGAAGCAAAUGAGGAGCAGUUGUCCACACAUUCAGAAAGUGUUUGUGAAGAAAAACCCAUGUAUGAGUUGGAGGAACAGCCGCCGUUGUCAGACAAAGCUAUGGUUGAAUUAUCUUCUGAAAAUCAUGAAGAAUUGCGAGAACAACCAAUUAUUCAUGUGGAGUCUAUUGUGGAUUCAGAAGUCCAGCCCGAAAACAAAGUUUCUUCAAAUAUCUACUCAUCUACAGUCUCUGGUACCGGAUCACCAAGAAGUUUAUCAGAUUUGAAAGAUGAUUACCUUGCUGGAGUUGGGAAUCAAGACCACAUUCCAGUUCAACCCUUCAAUUUUCCUGAGGAAGUGAUUGGUUCUCAGGUUCGUGAACAAGAUAUGAUGGAAGAGGCUGAUGAGAUCAAGGAGAUAGAUGAAGGGUUACUAAUGGAAUUGGAUGCAGUUGGCGAUUUUAGCGUCCAAGAGUUGGGAUCAAACUUGAAUGAGAUUGAAAAUAACCGAAUUCUUGGAGAAGAGAUGAAUUCAGAGAUGCUUCUUGUUGAAGCACAAUCACUUGAAGAUAUUGAUUCCAUUUUUAAGAAAACUGAACCGGUGGCAAUAAAAACUGAAGUUGAGAUUGAGAUACCACACACGGGUCAAAUUAAAGAAGAGAUCAAUUCUGGGAUGGCAGAAUUUGAAGCACAAUCACUUGAAGAUAGUGACAAAGAAAUUAAAAAGGAUGUUGUUGAAGAAACUAAAGCUGAGUGUUCUGAACAUGGGAUGUCCAAUGAAGAUUCGAGUCUCGCAGACACCAAGAUGGAGUUACCAGUUGUUGAAGCAAGAUCAAUUGAAGAUAUUAAUUUGGUUUUUAAACAGCUUCACGACAAUGAGAGAUCCAACAGUCCCAGUUCGGUUGAUGACAGGCGCGAUGUUGAAUCCAAAGAUCCAGCAGAAACCUAUUCAGACUUGCAUGUCGAAAGCCAAAGCGAGCCUAGUUCAGUAUAUGACAGGCUUGAUGUUGUAGAAUCCAAAGAUCCAGAAGAAACUAGUUCAAACUUGGUUGCUGAUGUGGAUCUAAAGCCGGCCUCAGAAGGUAAUGUAGACAAGCCAAUGAAGUCAGAUUUUAAAGAUGGUUCGGAAGAAAGUGAAUCAAAUGAAGUGGGUUCUACCAGGGAGAUUGAAUCAAGCAUCAAAGAGCCAACUGUAGACAAGCCUGUGAUGUCAGCUUUUAAAGAUGGUUCGCAAGAAAGUGAGUCAAAUGGAGUGGGUUCCUCCAAGGAGAUUGAAUCAAGCAUCAAAGAGCCCGGUGUAGACAAUCUGAUGAAGUCAGAUUUAAAAGAUGGUUUGGAAGAAAGUGAGUCAAAUGAAGUGGGUUCCUCCAAGGAAACUGAAUCAAGCAUCAAAGAGCCCAGUGUAGACAAGCUCGUGAAGUCAGAUUUUAAAGAUGGUUCGGAAGAAAGUGAAUCAAAUGAAGUGGGUUCUGCCAAAGAGAUUGAAUCAAGCAUCAAAGAGCCCAGUGUACCAGAAACUAGCACAAACGCCUCCACUGAACAACCAGACCAUGGAGUUCAAAAGUUUGAUGAUUUAAAUUUGAACAUGUCUGGUGACAAAGGUAAGAAGAAAAAGUCUCAUAAGUCCAGCUCCAGCUCCAGCUCUAGCUCGAGCUCUAGUGAUUCUGAGUAGAGAGUGAAAAUGCAGGUAAAAGAAAAAGGCAAAAAAAAAAAAAAAAAGAAAGGAAUUUGGUGUUUGAGUUUUCCUCUUUAAUGGGAGUUUUGGUCUUCUAGUUUGGUUACUUUUUUGUGUUUUGGAUAAGAGAAAUCGGGUUUUGUUCAUUUCCUUUCAGGUAACAUCUUUAACUGAUUUAUUCCUUCAAGAAUGAGUUUUGGUUUGAUUUCUUGAAGUGUGAAAUUUUCUUGUUUUCAGUUCUUGAAUUUUUCGAAGUAAACAGUUUGAGGCUUGUUGGGAGAGAGAUCGUUUUUCCUUUCAUGUUGUAAAUUAAAUUGUUGAAAAAGGUUGCGGUUUGAGUGUUUUCUAAAAACGUAUUGUGCAAUUUGUUUUUCCUCUGAAUAUUUCAUGUGGAUAUCGAUAUAUGGUUAAGCUUGUUUUGGUA